GCUCUCCAGCACUAUUUUGGCAAAACGGAAGAACGGGACAUAUUAAAAGAAAAUGUCUUGUUUGGCGAAGCAUGCUACGUGCUCGUGGACUCAAGGAAAGAAAGUGAAGGCUCAGAUUGAAAGGUUUAGCAUCGGAGCACUGGAUUAGCACUCAGAUCUGAAGGGCUGCGUCUGAAGAUAUGUCGCGUCUGCGUCUCCACACAUUCUGGGCAGAACGCUCCUCCUAACCUCUGCGUGUCCAGGGCAGUUCUAAAACCAUUACUUUGCCUGCUGCAUACUUGUCAUCAGCUCGCUGCUGCAGAUGCGACAUCCGUGGCUCUCUCCUCCGCCACCAUUCUUAAAAUUUACGAUGGAGGACAGUUUACGGGAGCCCUGAACCGCGUCAUUAAGGACUUCUUUGGCAGACUGAGAGAGGCAGACUUCUUAAUCCGAGCAGGUGGAAACUCUCCAUGCAAGGGAGCGCAUAGCAAGUGGACUGUCAGCACGGCAGUAAAAUUUGGUUUAGACUUUUAAAGCCUUCAGAUAUAUAUUUUAAAUUAUGUAAUUUUUGCGUACAUCGGAAGACUGUCUCGACACGAAUAAAAUUCCAUGGACGGACUCGUUUGAUUCUAAAAACAUGCAUCUCACCAUUACGAAAUGAUACGACUCAUUGGAUUCAGGACCCCAACAUCUUUAAUGGCUUUUAUGAUAAGAAGAUGGAAAAUAUUAUUGGUGCUGAACGCGUUUGCGGUGGCGGGGUUCGUCACUUUUUGGGGCAAGUGUAAUUUACGCACGUCCAAAGCCACUGGCCAGCAGGCGCCUAUUGAUGCGCGAGGACAAACACGUCUCAACGGAUCUGCUCAGGACGCGAGCAUCACGCACGAGGUCUUAUUGAAGAGACUCGGCUCACUGGAAGAUGUGGUCUACAGACAGCUAAAUGGUUUGUCCAAGUCUCUGGGACUGAUUGAGGGCUUUGGAGGAAGGGGCAGAGGGGGUGUACCUGCCACCAUGACUCCGGCAGAGGAGAAGCAAGCAAAAUAUCUGCGGGCCAAAUAUGGCUACAAUGCCUUUCUGAGUGACAGAAUCUCUCUGGACCGGUCCAUCCCAGACUACCGCCCAAGCAAGUGCAGAAAGGUGUUUUAUCCCAGAGAUCUGCCACAGAUCUCUCUUAUCUUCAUCUUUGUGAAUGAGGCACUGUCGGUCAUCUUGCGCUCUGUCCACUCCGCUGUCAACCACACUCCAGCCUACCUGCUGAAAGAGAUCAUUCUAGUGGACGACAGCAGCGAUGACGAACAACUGAAGGGGCCGUUGGAAGAAUACGUCAACAAGCGCUACCCGGGCCUCAUCAAAAUCGUGCGCAAUCAGAAAAGAGAAGGUCUGAUCCGUGCACGCAUAGAGGGCUGGAAGGUGGCUACAGCAGAAGUGACGGGGUUCUUCGAUGCCCAUGUGGAGUUCACGCCUGCUUGGGCUGAACCAGUUCUGUCCAGAAUCAAGGAGAAUCCCAAGAGGAUUAUUCUGCCCUCCAUAGACAACAUUAAAGAUGACACCUUUGAACUGGAGCGCUACGAAAACUCAGGCCACGGUUUCAACUGGGAGUUGUGGUGUAUGUAUAUCAGUCCUCCAAAACAGUGGUGGGACAGAGGAGACACCUCUGCCCCCAUCAGGACGCCUGCAAUGAUUGGCUGCUCAUUUGUGGCAAACCGGGACUACUUUGGAGAACUGGGUCUUCUGGACUCAGGGAUGGAUGUCUAUGGUGGAGAAAACGUAGAGCUUGGAAUCAGGGUUUGGAUGUGUGGGGGAAGCAUGGAGGUCCUGCCAUGCUCCAGAGUGGCUCACAUUGCCAGAACCAAGAAGCCCUACCACAGUAACAUCGCUUUUCACACCCGGCGCAAUGCAUUGCGCGUGGCCGAGGUGUGGAUGGACGAAUACAAGUCCAGCGUCUACCUGGCCUGGAACAUACCCAUGGAGAACCAUGGCAUUGAUUACGGGGACAUAUCAGAGCGUGUAGCACUGAGGAACAGCCUCCGGUGUAAGGACUUCGAAUGGUACCUCAACAACAUCUACCCUGAGAUGAGGAGGUACAACAACACUCUGUUUUAUGGAGAAAUCCGCAACACCAACGUGACCCAUCUGUGUGUGGACCAGGGCGUGAAGGAGAACCACACGGCCACCCUGCACCCCUGCCAUGGCUGGAGUCCUCAGUUGGGCCGCUACACUGGAGAUGGCUACCUGUUCCUGGGUCCCCUGGGGAGCACUGGGGAGGACACCCACUGUGUGGUGGACGACAGGGUCAGCCAUCUGCCCCAGCUCAUCAACUGUGAGAAAGUCUCCAGCCUUCGCCAGAAAACCUGGAACUUUGCACAGAGGAGGAUGAGGUCCUCAUGGUCUUGGUUCCACUGGAGGAUUCUUCCUCUUACUUUAAGGGACAUUUUCCUUGCCAGUGUUGCCUCUGGUGUGACCUGCACGUCAGUAAAGCUGCUCUGUUCUAACACGCUUGUUGUAAAAGGUGAUACUGAGGGACCAGAGUCUGCACCAGGUGUGUUAGAACGAAUCAAUCAUGAACCGGGCCACAGGACGCUGUCUGGAGGUGGUGCAGGCCAGCGUCUACUUCGGCUACACACUGGUUCUGCGGCCUUGCACAGGUCAACGGUGGAACAUCAGGAACACUAUGCAACAGCGUCAGGGGCCAUGAGGUAGCCCAGCGCCACCAGGCCACCACCCAGAAAGAUGCUGCGACAGUCUAGAUCACUUUAAAGCAUGACCGCCGUUUGGGGAUCGCUGCUUUGCUUUGUGUGCUGGACUCCAGCAGAGCAGACCUGAUCCAGACCUGACCCAGCGUGAGUUUGGUCUUAACACAUGAGCAAUCCACCCUGAACCAUGGGAGAAGGCACCAUAUUCUAAUGGUAUCUGGCCCACUUCUAUCAAGAGAGAGGUUCUUGCUUUCUGACACCCAAACAAGCCUUUGGGAUCAUCAGAGAGUGUGGACAGCUUACUGCUGAUACCACUACACUUGCAAACUUCACAUGUGGGGCAAAGAUUGCAUAAUUCAAAGAAGAGUGUCACUAAAGAAAUAAAGUUUGCUCCAUACAGUACACUCACAUAACUGGUUCCAGGAGGCUACAGAGUGCAAUACAUGUUUCACAAAUUCAGGCAUAGGAACAUUUAAUGACAGCAAUGCUUUUCAAACUAAAAGUCUUCCAUAGGCAAGUCACACAGUGCAGUGUGAAUUCUUUUUUGUUCUUUUUUCAGUAUAAGGAAUUUAGAUAUUGAGUCAAUUUUGGAAUACAUUAGACUCUUUGUUAUCAAUUUCUGUGUUAAAUUAUUCAUCAUUCAUUCUCAUUUAUUAUGGUGAACAUAUAUAUGAAUUAAGAAGAUUCCAGGUGACAAACCACAGUGUACUGUAGUAAGAGAUGUAGAGAUAUUCAAAAUUGUAGUAAAGUACACAGUUUCCAGAGAAACCGAACUUUCUGGAGGAAUGGGUGAUGGCAACUGAUUCUGUUGUGUGUUAUAUUAGUGGUCGUGUUUGUGGUUAUUUUAGUGGUUGUGUAAAUGUACAUUAGCAAAUCUAGUGUGGUUGCAGGCUACAGUACACAGUUAUUAUCGGAACGGUCAUUUAUCUCACACUUGACAUGCAUGUCUUUGAUGUUUUUGUCUCAUCUGGAGAUUAGUGGAGAAUCCUUAGGGAUGCGGUCUCUGCAUGAUCCUGGAGGAUUCUGAUGUGUUUCAGUAUAAUAUCAGCUGCUGUUUUAUUUGUAGGAUGAUAAUUCAGCACCAAAUGAAUUCUUGUAGUCCGAACGGCAGACUGUUUACAGAUCAGUGCGUCUACUCACUGAACAGGUAAAACACUAGCAAAGGUGUCAUCUACGACUUCCUCAGGACACCCAUAUUCACAUAUUUCCAUGCUUUUCUCGUGGAAUCUAUAUUCUCUCUGCAAAUGUGCUUAAGUCUUAGUAGCUGUGAGGAAGGGACGGCUCUCUCUCUCCCUCUCUCUCUCUGGGGAAACUCUGUGUACUUCACUGUAAUUUUGAUGUAUGGGUAGAUUCAGAGAGGGGACCUUUUGAACCUGUCUACUUUUUCUGACAUAAGCUGGUUUCACUUCCUAGAACUUCAGAAGCAGUUUGCCUCUCUGAAACAUCCUGUCUCUUUUGAAACCUUGUCUACUGAAAUUAACUACCUCAGUAUACUGUGUGUGUGUGUGUG